AGACCAGCGACUGCGUAUCAAACCCAUUAAGCUACGCGAGAAUGGCGUCUCCUGGGGCGUUCCACGUCGGCAGCAAGAGAGGAUCGAUGUACUGUACAUUGGAUGGAUGUCCAGGAAAAAAAUAAAGUUAGAUGCCAAGAAAAAACAAAGGGUGGCCCACCACCUCUCGUCAUCCCUUCUCCUUUCUCUCCCACGCAACCUCACCUUUCCUCAGUUUUCCUUCCGUGUGUGCGCCACUAGGGUUUCCACCACCGCCGCCCCCAUCCCCGUCCCAUCAGCCCGUCCCAGUUCCUUCAGUCGCCGGCUAUCGGAGAAGGCGCCUUCCUCAGAUCCGGUUCUCCCUCAAACCUUCUCGUCUUCCCUUCCCACCCAUCCUCCAUGAUGGUUGGGAAGAGAGGGGGCGGGGAAAGGGAUGGCAUCGAGGUGUCGCUCGGGGGCGCGAGUUGCAUAGGUGCCGGUUGCGGAGGAGGGGCGCGUUCUUCAUGUUCAGGUCUGCAUCUGUGUUCCUGCCCAUCGUCUGCUGGGCAUGGGACCUGCUGGUUUGGGAGAAGUCUAAGCGUCAUUCUUUGUUGUGUAAAAAGAUCCUCUGCGGUUCAUACUUUGACCAACAUCUGAAGAUAGCAAAAGCAAGAAACCGUGCACAAAUUCACUGCCGAAUACCACUUCCAGGUCCUGCUAUAGCACAGUAAAGACUCCAUCUAUUUGAUAGCAAACUGAAGCCCCAGUGCAUAUUGGAUGGCUAAAGCAUGCUGAUAAUGUCAAAAGAGGCCGGGAUAGACCGAACUUGACAUGGGAAGAGUCCGUAAAGAGAGAUCUAAAGGAUUGGAGCAUCACCAAAGAACUAACCAUGGA